GCUCUUACCAAUUUUUUCAUUCUAAAAGGAAAUUUAAAAGGCAAUAGGAGUUCAAGUUGAUGGAGAAAGAAGAAGCUGAAAUAGAAGCCCAGCACAUCCCACCCAAACCACCAGACAUCAGUACUACAAACACUAAUACUAUAACUACAAGCCUUCAAACAUCCUUCAAAGAAAAACUACUGGCUCAUCAGAAUAUAUGAUGUACAGCGAUAUGGCGGAAAAUGAACAUGCAAGGGAAGAACAAAAUAAAACAGAGGAUUCCAUGCUUUUAAAAUCAAAUGAAUUACAUGAAGGCAUAAGAACAAUCCAACUAUCAGAGAAGGACAAAAAUAGAAUGUAUCUACCAUGGAAACACUCCUUGAUCAUUAAGCUACUAGGUAAACGAAUACAACACCAAUAUUUAGAAAAGAAAAUACAAAAAAUAUGGAAACCAUCGGAGAAUUUCCCGCUGAUAGAUCUUGGCUCUGAUUACUUUAUUGCAAAAUUUAGCAAGGAGAAAAACAUGAUCAGCGCCCUCCAAAAUGGUCCAUGGUUUAUCAAUGGCUUCUUCCUAUCCAUCAAGAAAUCUGAACCAAACUUCAAAGCAAGCAAUGCCACCCAAGAAAGGUCAGUCAUUUGGCUACAACUUCCCCAGCUGCCUACUGAGUUCUACGAUGCUAUUAUACUAAAGAAAAUAGGCAACACCAUAGGAAAACUUCUGAAGAUUGAUGCAUGUACAAGUGCAGCACUGCGAGAAAGAUAUGCACGCCUCUGCAUUGAGAUGCAACUCGAAGAGCCAGUUCAACCUUGUAUAUCAAUAGGCAACUACAAGCAGCAAAUCAUUUAUGAAGGCGAGCACAUCCUCUGCAAAGCUUGUGGAAGAUUAGGACAUACAACCCAGCACUGUUCUUAUACCAAACUUACCCCCAUAUCUCGAGAUGUAGAGCACAACAUGGUGACUUCCACCACCUCCACAAACCACUGGCAAAUGGUGGCAUUCCAUAAGAGGAGCAAAACACAGGCAAGUAUACCACAACCAAGAGCAACAAGGAAUAGUAAAGCACAGCCAGUACCAUACCAUCAAGGCACUCAAAGCGGAUACACAGGUACUCGUUGAAGAAAUUGGGGAAUCUAGUGGUCCGGCAUAGCUUCCGUGAAGGCAACAAAGUGGCACACUUUUUGUGUAAAUUGGGUUCCAAGCAACAACACCUAAGCUCUACUAUAACUAUUUUGCACUCACCUCCAGAUCCAGUAAAGAGGAUGAUCCAGGAAGACAAAAAUGAAGCAUCUACUACUAGACUAGUAUCUAGCUCUAUAUGUAAUACACUAGUAGUGCUUGAAAACCUUAGUAUUAUCCCUACUAAGAGGAACAGUGGUGAAACACAACUACUGGGAGAAGAACGGGGUAGUUGAUCUACUGGCAAAGGAAGGAGCAAGAAAAGAACUUUUUGGAAGAACAACCAUGCUGGGCAGUUCCUCCGGUGUUUGCAAAUAAAGUUUUUUGGGCAGACAUAUUGUGUAUAUUGUGCAACCCCUCUGAUUAGUGGAGGACGCACGUGGUGGC